AUGGGCAGAAAAAUAAUGUGGAUAGAUGAGGACGCCCGCCCGCCCGACUCUGGGAACUACACGUGCGCGCCCUCGAACACGCCCUCGACGAGUCUCCGGGUCCACGUCCUCUAUGGCGAGGAACCGGCCGCGAUGCAGACCAACGGUUCAGGGACCAGCGCGGCUCACGCCCCCAGCCUGCCCUCCUUCCUCCUGGCCGCCGCCGUGGUCUUCCCCUUCCUAAUCCUCGGAGAUUUCCCCACAUACUUGGGGAACCCGGCCAUCCCCGAGGGCGCUAGGACUCCCAGCCACACGCCGAAGGACCUGUUGAUAAAAGUCCCGCCGAAGGACGACGAGGACCUGUUGCUGCGCGGGACGCCUUCCACUUGUGCGGACGAAGUGGCACUUUCGAGUACCUGAAGGAGAGAGGAAGGAGAGAGACGCCCGCCCUCCGGAGCAACGCAGGGAUCCCGCCAAGAUUCGAGGACAGCCUGAAGGGGGCUUUGUGCUGUCGCAGGGCACGAAGACCGGGGGUGACAGAGGGGCCCGCGCAGGAGG